UUUCAUUAUUCGAAUAUAAUAUUUAUGAUUGAAGUAAUUAUUUUGACUAAGUUAGUUACACUUCCGAAAAGAAGGAGUCCAAGCGGCAAAGUAGGAGCAGCAGAGGCUUGCUCAAAGAUGACAGCCGUUGCUAUCUCUCCUGCUUCUCAUGGAAUUAUUCAAGUAGUUAACGAAAGUAACUUACUUAAAAUAGAAAGUUUUCUCAAUGACACAGCGUAUAGGGAAGCCAUUGAAAAUUCGUCGAAUUAUAACAGUCGAUUAUGCAGAGAAAGGAGGUUACGUAUGCCUUUCCUGGACUCACAGACAGGAGUAGCGCAGAAUCAUUCUACGCUUUUCAUGUCCUCGAGAGAAAGGUUACCAGGAUUAUUACACGGACAAAUUUACACGUAUCCAAGCAAACGAUGGAGGAAAAAGCGGCGUCAGUAUUUAAUGCACUAUUUACAUCCAAAACGUGGACCGAGAGGUGACACAGAAGAUGGAUCUGAGGGUGUAGAAACUAUAACACAUGUCAAUGAUGAUAGUAAAGAAUCAGUUGGACUUAAAGAUGAACAUAGUAAAGAUGCAUGGUAUUACGAUGAACAAGAUAUGUUGGAUAUGGAUGCUUACGAAGAACCUGAUCCAGAUAGUGAUUAUGAUUACGAAGAAAGUUACAGUAGUAAAAGGAAAAGAAGAAAACACCGAGGUGGUGGUCAUCAUCCUGCCAGAAGUCAUCCACCAACCACAGAUAGUCCUGGGACCAAACGUACAAAGGGUGGGGGACGUGGCCGUAAGAAAACUAACUAUGAUGCUGUUGACUCCGAUAAGCCAUUCGUUUGUGACCUAUGCAGCGCACGGUAUAAAACCAGACCUGGUCUGGUCUACCAUUAUGGUCAUUCCCACUCUACUUCCUCUGGUGAUCCUGCUAAGGAACUAAGUCCCAGUCCUGCCGAAGUUGAACCUAGGAGCGUUGCAGACACCGCUGCUUCGAACCAGCCAGGUGGUACACGUCGGGGUCGACAGAACACUACUACCUCGAGUACCUCGAGUCCCUCUCCCGCAGCACCAGCUGCCCCUGCUGCGGGAGCCGCAACGCAGCCGCAACAACCAGCACAGUUACCACCAGUUCAGACGCCCAUCGCACCAACAUCGCCUACUAUACCACCACCUAAGGAAGAUCAUCUACCUGCAGUAUCAUCUCCUGGUGGUACCGCUGUACCUUCUCCUUCCUCAGUUAGACCCGAGGGUGGACCACCAACACCUGGACCUGCUGAGAAAAAGCCUGGAAAAUCCGCGCAACCCUCUCCCUACUGUGACUUUUGUUUGGGCGAUGCAAGAGAGAAUAAAAAAACUGGUGGAUCAGAGGAAUUGGUCUCUUGCAGUGAUUGCGGUCGCUCAGAUACUCUGAUAGAAGCAAAACAGCGCAGCACAUAUAACAGUACUAAAAGUUUAACAUAGUAUCAAAAUAAAUAGGUACAGUUGUAAGAAAAGAAGAAGAAAAAAAAACAAACUUUAUGCCUUCCCCCCUCGUGUCGUCAUUUUGUUUGUUUGUUUCUUUAUCCCUUUUUUUAUCUUUUCUUUUUUUUAUUUUUAUUCUUUUUUUAAAUCUUUUUCUUUCUUUUUUUUUUUUUUUCCUUUACUUUUUUCUUCAAACUUAAUUAUUUUCAAAUAGUAAUUGUUAAUUAAGAUUUGUCUGAAAAAUGGGCACAAGUAACGUUUAUACUCUUAUAUAACGUAUAGUUUUUAUUAUUCCCCUUCCAUUCUUUUGCUUGUUAAAACUCAUAGAAGGCAUUUGAUAAUCAAAAAGCACUUUUCCAUGCCAAAAAAAAAGAAAUGAUUUCACUUAAAAAGGCAAGCAAACGAAAGUAUAACGAAUUGAGCAAGUGUAAUAUAUAGAGAUGUACAGGCACACACAUACACACAUUACAUAAAUACACAUAUAUUAUUAGCAAGCUAAGCUAUAUAUAUCCGAUAAAAUGAAUAUGCCAGUACUCUACAAAAAAAAAAAAAUAUUCUUAUCAAUUGCUUCUAAACAAACAAAUGAACGAACAAAAAAAAUCCUAUUGAUAAUUAGCAACUUCAUUGCUUUUUGGCUUCUACAUUGAAAAUCAUGUAAAUAUAACGUUUUUAUGGGGUUAUAGAUUUAAUUUACAAUAGCUUUACUAUAUAUAUUAUACAUAUUAUAUAUAUACUAUAUAUAAUAUAUAUACAUACAUAUAUUAUAUAUGCAUAUAUAUUAUAUAUACAUAUAUAUGUUACAUAUGCAUAUGUGUAUAUAUAUAUAUAUAUAUUCGGUAUUUAUAUAAUACAAAAACGUAGAGUACGUUGCAAUUAAUAAUAACAUUUUUUUUCUUCGAUUAGAUAUAAUUAUAGAAAUAAUAAUUGCAUAUAUAUACAUACCAUAGACACUGACUUCCUGCCAAUAGUAAAAACAUGGGGCACAACUUUUCAAUUACUCUCUUCCAGAUUCUCUAAUUCUGUACUUUGACUAUAUAUCUGCUGCUCUUGAUUCAAUAUUAUUAUUAUUAUUAUUAUUAUUAUUAUUAUUAUUAUUAUUAUUAUUAUUAUUAUUAUCAUCAUUAUAAUUACUACUACUAUUACUACUACUACUAUUACAAUUAUUAUUAUUAUUAUUAUUAUUAUUAUUAUUAUUAUUAAUAUUAUUAUUAUUAUUAAUAUUCUUUUUUCUUUUUCUUUUUUUUUUCUUUUGAAUUAAUUCGAAUAAUAAGUUUUCAAGAGUAUUAUUACAUUUUGUCGAAUGAAAGAAUGAUUAGAUAUCUGCAGGUGUCAUCGAAUGAUAUGACACAAAUAUUUAUUAAGCAUAUUAAAAGUUAUGAUAUAUAUAUAUAUAUAUAUAUAUAUAUAUAUAUAUAUUUAUGUAUAUAUUAGGUUGUCCUAAAAGUUUCUUUUGUUUUUAAACACUGCCAGAUAAAACAGCUGCCUGCAGAUAGCGAAAGAAACUUUUGGGACCAUCUAAUAUGUUACAUAAAAAGAAGGCGUGAACAAAAAACAGUAAAAAAGAAAAAUGAAAAAAAAAAAAAUCAGAAGAAAAUUUUUCAUGGUCAGAUGUUUUUCAAUUAGGUAUGAAUUCGAAUAGUGACGUGUCACACAGACGAGAAAGCAUCGUAACGACUAUAAUGAUAUUAUGGUCUCUUUGUAGAAAUUUGAUAGCUUAGUUUUAUACAAGCUUUGAUACCUGUACAAAUAUCUUUUUUUUUUUUUUAAUAGAAGUAAUAUUGUCAUGUAUAUAUAUAUAUAUAUAUAUAUAUAUAAAUAUAUGUGUAUAUAUGUGUAUAUAUAUGUAUAUGUAUAUAUAUAUAUGUAUAUAUAUAUCUAAUAUUAAUGUAAUACCUUAUGAGUUUUUCAGGCAUAUACCGAGAGCAUUUCUUUACGAUAUGACUUUCAAACUUUUGAGUCAAAUUUAAUAAUGAGAACAUAUAUAUAUGUAUAUAAAUGCUGCAUUCCAUGCGUAUUUAUAGACAUAUUCAUAUACACUGGAAUCCAAAGCAGCUUUGGAAAAUUGUUUUCUUAUUACAAAUCAAAGAAAGAAAGAGAAGGAAAAAAAUAUCUUGAAUCAACAUAACCAUUGAAGACUUUGUCUGCUCGAUCAAAAAAUAUUAUAUAAUUUCUUCAGAUGUUUGUUGGAAGAUCAAACAAAAUUUUUUUCCAAAUUAUUCGCCAAAAAGUAAUACGUUACAGUUCAUACAUACGUACAUACAUAUAUAUAUGUGUGUAUAUAUAUGUGUGUGUAUGUGUAUAUAUAUAUAUAUACGCAAGAAAUAACAUAUACAUAUGUAUUUUAUAUAUUAUAUAGUAUAUAUAUAAGCUAUAUAUAAUACAUAUAUAUAUGUUCAAUAGUGCCGCGCGCUUAAGACGAUUUUUUCGUCACUUAAUGCUACAGUAGUUGAUGCAACAAAAUAGCAGAAGAAAAAAAAAAUAUCUUGCUUCAGUUUAUCCGAUUAAAAAAUAAAUAAUUCUUAGAUUGUCAUAAGAAAAACUCACAUGGUAUAUAUAUAUAUAAAAAGGAAAAAAAAACGAAAAAAAAAAAAGAAACCAACACACGAAAAAAAAAAGCAUGCAGAUAGUUCCUCCUUGUUAUAUAAAAUUGAAGACUUGUUAUUAGGCAAUUUUAAUUAAGCAAUACCCAUGAGGCUUACAAAUAUAGCGUUUAAGAGUAACAUUAGUUAUAUAUAUGAAUAUAUAUAUUAUAUAUAUAUACAAAUGUGAUACGUUAUGAGUUGUGUGCGUGUGGGGGGAGGGGUAGGGAGGGGUGGUAUGGGUGCGUAUAUCUGUGUCUCUUUCUCUGUGUGAUGUGUGUCAUGUGUAUGAUCUCUGUGUGUGAUGUGUGCGUAGUAGUACGUAUGAGAAUGUGAGAGUGAGAAAGGGAUAGAGAGAAAGCGAGGGAGAGUGUGCUGAUCUGCGACGUUUAUAUUGUGCUGCGCAAGAAAGAACGUGAACUAUUCCAAGGUACGCCCUGCUAUUACUUACCACCUAUUAUUCCAAAUAAUAAUAACAGUACAUAUGUUCAAAAGGCAACAUCAAAAAUUGCGAGUAUCAUGAAAUAAAACAUUAUGUGCGGAAA